GGACCUAGCAGCAGCAGUGUAGAAAAGGAGGAGGAAGCAAGGAUGGCGGAGUCACACCUCUGAAGCGAAUCCAAAGGAUGAGAACCCUGAUGACCUUUCUCAUCUGAACUUUCCUUCAACCCCGGGCGAGGGAUUGUGCGAGGUUCAAAACAAAUAUGCGGCAGAUGGUCAUUGCACCAGACAAGCUGCUUCAAAGAAUUGGCUUUCCCAUGGAGUUCUAGGUACUCCGGACCGCGACUGGGCUUCUGACUUUCGCAUGUACGCAGCGGCAUGUGUGCGCACGCGUUUAUAUAGAGGCGCGUCCCUGUUUCCAUCCACCCGGUGUGACACCUUUUUUUUGUACUAAAACGAACAAGAAAGACUCAGGGUCCAUGAGCAACCUGGCCAAGGCGACGUCAACAUGAGUAGUUCUUUAGGAAAAGACAAAGACUCAAAAGAGAAGGACCCCAAGGGUCCGUCGGGAAAAGAAAGGGAAAAGGAGGCCAAAGCCUUGAGCAGCUUCAGUAAAGAUGGCAAGGAAACCAAGACCAAAGGGAAAGAUGCCAAAGAAGGAAAGAAGGAUCCGGGGGGUGCCCCGCCCGCGGUGGCCUUUUCCGUGGACAACACGAUAAAGCGGCCCAACCCGGCGCCGGGGGCCCGCAAAAAAUCCAGCAACGCGGAGGUGAUCAAAGAGCUGAACAAGUGCCGGGAGGAGAACUCCAUGCGCCUGGACCUGUCCAAGAGGUCCAUACACAUGCUGCCGACGUCCAUCAAGGAGCUGACGCAGCUGGCCGAACUCUACCUGUACAGCAACAAGCUGCAGAGCCUGCCGGCCGAGGUGGGCUGUCUGGCGGGCCUGGUGACGCUGGCGCUGAGCGAGAACUCGCUCACCAGCCUGCCUGACUCUCUGGACAACUUGAAGAAACUGCGAAUGCUGGACCUCCGGCACAACAAGCUGAGGGAAAUCCCGGAGGUGGUGUACAGGGUGACGUCCCUGACCACCCUGUACCUGCGUUUCAAUCGUAUCACUGCUGUGGAGAAGGACAUCAAGAACCUGACCAAGCUCACCAUGCUGAGCAUCCGGGAGAACAAAAUUAAACAGCUACCUGCUGAGAUCGGGGAGUUAUGUAACCUCAUCACGCUGGACGUAGCCCACAAUCAGCUCGAACACCUUCCGAAAGAGAUCGGCAAUUGCACACAGAUCACUAACCUUGACUUACAGCACAAUGAGCUUUUGGACCUUCCCGAAACUAUAGGUAAUUUGUCAAGCAUAAAUCGCUUGGGUCUGCGGUACAAUAGGCUGUCAGCAAUCCCCAGAUCGUUAGCAAAGUGCCGAGAACUGGAAGAGCUAAACCUUGAGAACAACAAUAUCUCAAUGCUGCCAGAGGGCCUCCUGUCGAGUCUGGUGAACCUGACCAGUUUAACGCUGGCCAGGAACUGUUUCCAGUCGUACCCCGUGGGCGGGCCCUCCCAGUUCUCCACCAUCUACUCCCUCAACAUGGAACACAACCGUAUCAACAAGAUCCCCUUUGGAAUCUUCUCCAGGGCCAAAGUGCUGAGCAAGCUGAACAUGAAGGACAACCAGCUAACUUCUCUCCCACUUGAUUUUGGAACCUGGACCAGUAUGGUUGAGCUGAACCUGGCCACAAACCAACUGACCAAGAUUCCUGAGGAUGUCUGUGGCCUUGUGUCUCUUGAGGUCCUGAUAUUGUCAAACAAUCUUCUAAAGAAGUUGCCGCACGGCAUCGGCAACCUGCGCAAAUUACGGGAGCUGGACUUGGAAGAGAACAAGUUGGAAUCUCUCCCGAAUGAAAUAGCCUACCUUAAAGAUUUACAGAAACUUGUCUUGACCAAUAAUCAGCUGACCACCUUACCCAGAGGAAUCGGUCACCUCACAAACCUGACCCACCUUGGUCUGGGAGAGAACCUCCUGCAACACCUGCCUGAAGAGAUCGGUACACUGGAGAACCUGGAGGAGCUGUAUCUGAACGACAACCCCAACCUCCACAGCCUGCCAUUCGAGCUGGCCCUGUGCAGCAAGCUCUCCAUAAUGAGCAUCGAGAACUGUCCCCUCAGCCACCUGCCGCCUCAAAUCGUCGCCGGCGGCCCCUCCUUCAUCAUUCAGUUCCUGAAGAUGCAGGGCCCGUACCGUGCCAUGGUCUGAACACCCAACCCCUAUGUGUCAUACACUGUAAAAACAAAAAAAAGAAAGAAAAAAGAAAAAACUAUAAUGAAAAAUGCAUUAUUGUUGUUAUGAAUAUCUUAUCUGAGAGAAAAAAGGCAAUUUUAUUAAGACUGCAUUACAUGUUUCUGCUAAUAGAGGAAUCAUAGCCAUUUAGAUCCCCACCAAUCAUGUUAAAAAAGAGAGAAAUUACUUGUCUAGACCUCCUUUGCCAAAAUUGAUAGAUGUAUAUUGAAUAACCAUGAGCUUAAUGGCAGUCUUCUAACAUAUAAACCAUAUUGCCAACACAGUUACAGUAAUUACAAAAUGGUUAUUAGAACAAGAAUUACAAUUGUAUGCAAAAAAAGUUUAAACCUUUAUUUUGCUGCUGCUGCUGC